CAUAAAUUGAAAGAAUAAACUUAAUUGAAGAUUUAUGCAUUAAGUGGAACGUUGAACAAAAUUUACUAGUGGUGCCAUGAAGAGCGCACUAGACAUUAGCACACAGCCAAAGCAGAGCGCCAAGCAGCGGAGGGAGAUUGAGCUAGCUGAUAUGGAAGAGUUGAGGAAGCUAGAGCAAGUUCAGAGUGUUUUGAUGUUCAUGCAGUCGCGAGAAUUCCUCGAUUCUUCCAAUCUCGACUCCAGUCGCUUCCUCGCCAAUCUCAUCCUUCUCUUGAGCGCACCAGUCAUUAGCACACUGCCAAAGCAGAGCGCCAGGCAGCGGCGGGAGACUGAGCCAGCUAAUAUGGAAGAGUUGAGGAAGCUAGAGCAAGUUCAGAGUGUUUUGAUGUUCAUGCAGUCGCGAGAAUUCGUCGAUUCUUCCAAUCUCGACUCCAGUCGCUUCCUCGCCAAUCUCAUCCUUCUCUUGGUACAACCUUGCGGCGAGCUCGACAUUGGGGAGAAGUGCAGUUUGAUUUCUGAAUAUGUGCCAAAAAUUUCAGCGGCGUUUCUUAAGGAGGCGUCGCAGUGGCUUGGGCUGAAAACUGUAUUGCACUCUGAAGGCAAACAGGAUAACAGAGCUUUUGCAGGUUAUCAACAGAAUCAUGUUCACGGGACUAAGAUUGGUAAGAGGCAUUGUGAUUCGUUGCAAGUGAAGGAGAAAGAUGUUGCUAUGGUGGGAUUGGAUGCAAUGGAACGUGCAAAUUCUACCCUCGAGGAUUUUUGCAGAUCUUAUUUUAUGUUUCAUGGAGUGGACAUAAACACGCCGCAAUCACUUUUCAAAUAUUUGCCUCUCCUCACAUUUGUAGAAAGUUAUAUGUAUCAGUUAGAUGGUUUGAAUGAGGAGAUACUGCACAUAGCAACUGAGGAAGUUCCUGGUCUAGAAAGAGGUUCUAAGGAGAUAGUGGAUCAAGGCAGGAGAACAAAAUUCAAUGACGCAUUUGAAACAGAUCCAUUCAAGCCACUUGUUGGUCUUCUUAAAUGCCGUGACCUACUUACAGAAAGGAUCAUAGAGGAAUUUAGGGGUGGAGAGGAGUAUUGGGCUCUGGAAAGGAAGCUAUGCUGUGCAGUAAUUGGCAAUAAAGAGAUCUCUAUUGAAGAUUCUUUGAGGGCAAUUCAUCUGAAGUCCUUUGAUUAUCGGGUGCUGAAUCUUCUGUUGUAUCAAUUGAGGGGAGAAGAGGUGAAUGACUUGCAUAUGGAAUUCCUGUCAGUCUCUGAAUUCCUAGUAGAAAUAUCUGAUGACCUGUAAGUGCCUUUCUUAUGUAAUUUUCUGAUAAGAGAUAAAUGGCAAAUACUCUUUUGUUCUUCUACCUUCAAUCUAAUUAUAGUGACCAAAAUGGAUGAUAAACUGUAUGGGUAUAAUGUGGGUCUGCAAGCAUCCAUUGGCAUGCAUAUAGAUCUGCUUGAGAGUUGGAGAGUUGCAUGCAUGAGUAUGAAGGUUCUCCUCCGACAUGCAUACUCUUCUUGUUCUAUCCAGCUCUUAUAAGUGGUCAAGAACAUAUUUGUUUUACAAUAUGUGGCUUGGAUAACUGAUGCAAUCAUUUUCAUUGUCAUGAUAUCUGCCAAGCAUGGUGUCAUUAUCACUCAAGACAACAUGAUGUGGUGAUGCUGCAGGUUUGACUAUGAGGAUGAUGUAUUAAAAAAUAAUUUCAAUAUUUUGCGCAUGUUCGUGAAAAUAUAUGGUCCGUCCGUGGCCCCAGCUAUGCUGGCAAAAUAUAUUACUGAGGCUGAAGAGAGGUAUGGGAACUUAUUGAAAACUUUGGAUCCUCAGCUGUCCUUGAAUUACCAGAGAAGAUGUGAGGAGGCCACGAAAGAAGGUGGAAGGAUCUCUGGACACUCUCUUGGAACAUGGAGUAUACCACCUUUGAUUUUAGAUGAGGACUUGUACCGAUCAAACUGCUUAAGUCCGAAAUGAAUGACUUUACCUUGUCCAGGUUGGAACUCUAGUUUGCAUUGUCUAAUUGAUAAUGCAGCAUUAGUUGGGACCUUUACUCUCACAUCAUUACAUUAGUUAAUCUAUUCUAAGUAAUGAUAAACAUGC